AUGUCAUCAUGUAAUCGUCACAAUGUGUCGUACAAUACUGCUUUUGGACAACCAAAGGUUUGUCAUGCAAACAAGGGUAUACCUUUUUUGUGUAAACAGAUUUUGACAACUUGUAGCACUUUGAAAACUAUACCUUUAAUCAUUUAGGGGAACAUAGUGAUGAUGAUUGUUAGGUUAUCUUGGUUUUUGGGUCUCUCCAUAACUAAAAUUACAAAAAAAUUUUAGGAAAAAUUCUAUAAUUGGUACCUACUAAAUAAAAUACAAUUACGUUAUUUGUUACAUUACAAUAUUGCACUUAAAUAAGAAUAUUACAGUGAUACAAUAAUGUUUAAACUAUUUAUUUUAUAAUAUUAGAUAUGCAAUUGGACUAUUUAAAAUUAAUAUUUUAAUUUUUAGUUUAAUGAAUACUAACCUCUUUUUGCGUCUUUUUGUUUAACUCCCGGAUUUCUCAAACUGUUAAAUUGUUACACCAAAUCAUCUCACGAACCUAUUAAUAAAUUUCUUUUAUGUAGACAAUUGAACUUCCCAGUGGUUAUAUUAUGGUGAUUUUGGACCAUAAAGUCAACCAAAAAAGGAGGUUGAGAUUGGUUUUUUGCUAAAUGCCUAAAUUUAUUGAUUUCCAUAAUCUAUUUGUAAAUAGUACAGCGUAAACGAACAUCGAGUAACUAUACCAAACAAUUAUUAAAUAUUAAUUAUUAUCAUGAAGACUAGAAACAUUCAGUACAUCCGCAAUUAGGAGUUUUGAUUUAAUAAUAUUACUAUAGAAACAACAAUAAGUUAAUGAUAACGAAACUAAUCACGCUGGUGACGUGAUAUUGAUAAUGGCAAACAUAAAAAAAUACGCGGUUUUAUUGGUUGCAUUUUAUACUCUCCCACUGAAAGUAUAUUUUCAUAUUUAAAAUAGUUACAAAGCUACAAAACUAAAAACAUCCAAUAUCGAACAGAUUGAAUAUUUACGUACUAAUACUGCAGCUUAGAAUUAAAUUAUACAAUUUAUUUUGCAUUAUAAAUGUAUUUAUUGCUAAAAUACAAUAAAACUAUUUGAUAUUUUUUUUUUUAACAAGGUUAACCAUUUUUAAAAAUUAAGGCUUUUACUCGACGUUAAUGAUUGUUAUAAUGAAAAAAGAGCUGAUUCUGGAGACGGAUGAGGCCACUGUUGUAGGUGGAUAAUUGGGAAGGUGGGAUAUAUAAAAUUAAUAAUGUAUACCUGUAACUAGAGUGCCUUCAUAUCAAGGCACUCUGCUAAAGAGAAACGAUUCGGAGUGAAGUUCAGCUAUACGUGUUUCGAAAUGCCGUAAUAUUUACGAUUUUCGUCAAAAUUUCAUAUUAAAAUUCUUAUAAAAAAAAUAGAACAUUACACUCAAUUUUUUUUUUACCACUAAGUACAAUUUAUUAUGAACCUUCUAUACAAUUUAGAAGUAUUUUUGUUUAGUCUAACAAUUUUACUAUCUAUAACAAACUCAAAAAAUGCUCAUAUAUUUUGAAAAUUUAACCACGUCUAAAAAGGACAAAUAUAUGUUUUCUGUCCAAAUUUUAAGUCCCUACAAAUUGUUUUAACUGAAUUACACCAAAAAAAACUUAAUUGAAAAUAAUAAAAAAAUUAUUUCCGUACAUUUUCCAAAUCUUUCUACAUUUUAGAUCUGAGUGUAGUGAAUAAUGUAUUAGUUUUAGUAAUUAAUGAGGACAAAAUAAAAUACAUGAUUGUAAUUAGGAAUAAAUGCAGUUACAGAAUAGAAACCAAACACAAAAAAGGCCAAGAGGACGUCCCAGACAAAAAUGAAAGGAUAGAGUGCACAAGGACCUAGAAGAACUAGGAAUUGAGAAUGGAGAAGAUUUUACCCGGAGUUUUUUCAAAAAAUGUGAAAAACCGAAAAAAAAAAAAACGUAAUAUUUGCAAAUAAUGAAUCCAUUCAACAGUGAAGUAGAUAUUUAGAAAUUAGGAUGGCUUGCCUGUUUAUUUCUAUACAAAUAAAAAUCAUUUAGAAUGUGAUAAGUUGUUAGUGUUUUUUAAAUUCAAACAUAAAUAAUUGUUGAUAUAAAUUAUUUAUUUUAAUUUAACUAAUUUAAAAUUAAUUAUAAUGCCAGUUAUGUAGUUACUGGCUGAAUUGUACCAUCCAAUUAAUAUUUUUUUAUUCAAAAUCUGAUGUCAAUAAAAUGUAUAUUACUUUACUAGGAAGAAAUAAACAAACUUUUUUUUAGGUACGUGUUAAUAAUUUGUUGAAGGAGAUUUCAAUAUGAAACUUCGAAAUAUUUUUUUAAAAUAUUUUAUUGGGAUAGUUUCGUUGCAAAUCGGAGUGUCAAUGAUGACUGGAACAUAUUUGGUAAACAAUUUAUAUAAUAGUUUCCUACCUACCGAUAGGUAUAACAUGUUUUUUAAAAUAUAGCUUUGCAAAAUGAGUUUUUUUUUAGAUUUAGAUCGUAUUUUUUAAAUUUUUACGGUUUACUAUAUCUUCUAAUGGCUUAAUUAUUGGAGUAAUUUUUUUUUUAAGAUGUUCACUAAAACAUUAGUCAUAAAAUAGUUGUUGAAUUGUUUUAAUUAAUUGAUACUUAUCAUAUACCUAUUUAUUAAAAACAUUUUACAACGAAACAAAAUAAUAAUUGUUAAAAAUAUCACUGUAAAUAUUAUGGUAAUUAGGCUUUUGUAUUUUGAACAUUUUAAUUUAAAAUGUAUUGUAGGUAACAUUUUCAAAUUUUUUAAAAUAAUGUACCUAAUAAUAUACAGUCUAUACUAUAGGUAUCCUAUUUUGUAACAUUUUAUAUGAAAAUUUAAAAGAAACUUAUUUUACAAACUUUUAAUACAAUUCUAUAAUAAAUUAUUUUACUACAAAAAAUGUAUUAACAAAUUAAUACAUUUCGAAUAAUUUUCCAGAUGUUGGCAUUGUUAAUGACUUUUGUAAAUGCGAUUGAUUUUCUAGUUAAUUUAAAAAGUAUACUGAAAUAAUAAUUAUAUAUAUACCUGUAUGUUAUCAUUAAGUUUUCUAAUUUUUUUUUUCGUUAUGUUUAUAGCCAAUCAAAUCGUUGUGCUCGUAGUAAUAUUUUUGAUACUAUUUACGUGGGUAAUUGCAUUCUUUGGAGCUUAUCUAGUAAGUAGAAUAGGUAAUUAUUUUUGUAUUUUGCAUACUUACCUUUUAAAUAGGUAUCUAUAUUUUAUAUACUAUAUCAGUGGUUCACAAACAUUUUUGGUUCAUGCCAUCCCAAAAAAUAAAUAAAUAAUAAUUGCGCUUCUCAUGAAUAAAUUUACUACAAUUUCGUAUUAUUUUAAUAUUGAAACCAUGAGUAUUAUUUAAUUUCAAUUAAGUAUAACAAAAUAUUUUUACUUUUAUGAAAAAAAAAAACAACGACUAAUUAAUUUUAAUGCGAACAAAGUGAUUGUUUUUGUUCAAUAUUUACUCAAAAUUAGAUAGCAAUAGUAUGACAGCCAUUGGCAUUUCUUUUUCAACAUUAAGUUUUCACUGAUAUUUUAAUUUUAAUACAGCAACUGCAGAAAAUCCUGCUUCAUAAAUACGAUGUCACAAAUGGUAGUAAUACAUGCAAAGUUUUUUGGCUACUUCAGGAUAUUCAUCUUUAAUGUUUUUUUAAAAGCCUAAAAGUGAAUAUGAAUACAAUUUUAUUCGUAAUGAAAAAUCAGAUGAAAUGUCGAUUAAUUGUUCUUCUUCUAUAGUUGUGAACUGUGAUAAUGAUUCCUCAAUAAACGGGACUUUAAUUCAAUUAUAUUGUUUAAUUUCUUCUGGAAAAUAUUUCACAAAAUUACUUUUAAGAGUUGUCAGAUGAUCAGAAAUUAUUUUUAAUUAGUCAUUGGUAGUUCAAGAGUAUUGUUUAAAAGUGGAAAACAAGUGGUUUUACUGAAUUUUUCUGUUAAUUUCCUUUACUAUAAGUCGAUUUUUUUAAUAAAAGCAAGCAUUCCAUCAUAAAAAUACAGAAUAUGAGUUUCUUUACCUUGUAAAGAUGUGUUGAGCAUAUUAAGUUUUCAAAAAAUGUUACUUUAAUACGCUAAUUUGAUUACAAAAUUACUAUCAAUAAACUAAUUGGAAUAAUCAUGACCUUUUAAACUCAAUUAAGUGUAAAGUCCUUGUCUAAAUUCCAACACUUGUACUACUACGUUACCUUUUGAAAGCUAUCUAGAAUUACAAUAAAACAGUAGGGCAGUAUACUUUGCUCCCAUUUUUCACAUAUCUUUUAAAAAAAAUCUUGCUUUAACAUACAAGUAGUUAACUAAUUUUAUUACUGUUUCAAGAACGCUAUUUAAUGAUAGUCAUAUUUUAUGAUGCUAAAGAUUCUCGAUGAAUAAGACAUCGAGUCUACAUAAUUUCUGGAGCUUUUUGUCGUAUUAAAGCCUGAAUUAUCCACCAUAAUAACAAUUAGUCCAAUAUGACCAGCCAUAGCUCGAGCUCCGUCUGUACACACACUCAAACAGUUUUCCUACAAAAUAUAUAUAUUUAUAUAUAAUAAUAUAUUGGACAUUAUGGUUCGAGAAUAAUUGGGUGACGCGAUGAUACUAGAUUUACAUCAAAUAUCGUUUCAACGAAUUUAUCGUUAAAAAUAUCAAUAUUUACCUCGCGCCUGAUAUGAAUAAUACCACCCCGGUAGAAUUUCACUGAAGAAAGUAAACAUAAUAUAUUAUGUAGUGGGACCCAAUAGGUUCAUGUGGGGGCUCAUGAGUUCACAAUUUAUAAUUUGGUCUUAUAAAGAUGUUUAUUAAUUUUUUUUUUUGUGUACAAAAAUUCUACCAGAAAUCUUGCUCCGAUAUGAACGUACGGCACCAUUUCUGAAAGGAAAUAUUGUCCGGGAGGUAUUUUUAGAUUUUAGGAGGUCAUUUUUAGAUUUUCCAAGUGGUUUUCAUAAUAUCUGGGAAAACCAGGAUAAAAGGUAGGAAAACGGGAAAUUUACGAAAAUGUUUUUAUUAUUAUUUCAAUUUUAUUAUUUGUUGUAAGUCAGAUAAAAAUAUUCGUAGAGACUUGAAAUUUGAGCAGAAAAUUUAUAUUUUCCUUUCCUAGAAAUGGUAAAAUGUUCAAAACAUUUGAGUUAUUUCGAGGCUUUUUAUACAAAUUUUAAUAUUUUUGUUAAAAUAGCGGCUACCGGGUGGCGGGAAUAAAUAUGUAAGCGUAUUAUCAGUUCAAUAAAUAGUUAUAGGGCUGUUUUAUUACUUAUCAAACCAAAAUUGAUCCUCCAAAUUAUCGAUUUCACAAGACAUUAUUAAAUUUGUCGAAUCGAUAAAAGAUAUAAGACGUUUUUGCAACAGCCAAACACUUUAUAAAACCGAUUUCGAUGUUAUCGGUUCGAUAAUAAGUUAUUGGUAAUUUAUGCAAUCCCGCAAUAUGUAUAAUUGGUACCAUCUUUGUCUUUUGUCGAUAAAAACCCGUGUCCUAAGAAAAUUACACCGCCACAUGAGUCGAAAUUUGCUUAUUAUUAGGACAAUAUUAUUAUGAUUAUUUAUAGAUAAAGUGAUAUUCGGAAUAUGAAAUUUGCGGGGCCCCGCACUUGUGCGACUACAUCGCUUGCCCCCCUCUCUAGGACAAGCGCCACCAUUUUGUGUAAGUAUCAUUAAAAAUUGAAACGGAAAAUCCUGAAUAUCUUUUGUAUGUGAUCAAAUUUAGGUUUUUGAUUAGGUAUAGUACCAGAAUUUUUUUUCUGGAAGAGCAGAAAAGGGCAAGUACAUUAUUUAGAGGGGCAAGCACAACAAUUUUAUUUUUCAAUAAAAAACAACAUUUAAAUAAAUUAUAUAUUAGUGAACAUUGUAUUAAUAACACAUAAUAUAUAGAAUACAUCAGAACCCAAUUUUUAAAAAUUAAAAUUAAACAACAAUAUUAUCUACUUGCUCUGAUGAUGCGGCAGGCGGUGACGAAGAACUUAGAAAUUGCCUAUAUUUUGCCCCUUAUUGAAUAGCUGUAAGCAAUCUCCUUAAUAAUUCGAAUAAUACAAAUUCCUACGUGCGAAAAUAUCAUUAGUGUACGGCUUUGGAGGGGGGGGGGGCGAGAGAAGGGUGAGAAUUAGUCCUGGGUGAGCGACCACACACACUUGCCCACCUUUAACGCCGUCUCUGUUUCUUCACAUUUCUUCGAAAUUCAUUAUUAUAACUUGAAUAUUCAAUUUAUAACACACAUUUUAAAGCACGUAGAACGUUACUGACUAAUGUAAUUACUAAUGGAUAAUAACUUAACCUUAUUAUUUUUUUCAUGACGAACAGUUUUUACUGUUUUUUAACUGUUUUUCACUUUAAUAAAGACUAGUGAUAUUUAAACAGGCAAUAAUAAGGUCGCUGUUGAACGGAUUUAAAAUAUUGUUUAAUAUUGUUACACAAAAAAACCGACACAAUCUAAAUGUUGAUAAAUAAAUUUGACUAAAUUCUACUUGCUAAGUAAAUAAUAAUGUCAAUCGUCAAUAUCACGAUAACAAAAAUUGCUCAACGUCCGCAUCGGAACCAAUGUUCGCAAUCGUUAAAUCAAAAAUAAUGAUUUGAUAUUAUAGUCCGUGCAACUAGUAUGUUGUAUUUGUAUCUACAAAUCUUAUGUCACCUUUUUAUGUUUCAUCCGUAAUUCGCAUGGGUUUUAUUACUUUUUUCGCAAUUAGGAGAGUGUCACAAACGCCUCGACUGUUUCAGUCUGUCUCUACCAGGCAACAUACAAAAACAAUGUUUACGCAGACUAAGUAAAACUAGCUUCAUUUUAAUUAUAGAGUAAAAGUACCUUUAUAAAAUACAUAGAGAACAAUAUUUUGUAGAGAAUCUUAUAAAUGUUUUUUGAAUUAUGAAACAUUAAAAAAAUUACGUUUAAAUAAACAAUAAAAAAAAGGUAUUUGUUCCUUUUAUUUCGAGCUGUAUAUUUAGGAGAAUACGAAAACUCGAUGUGGUUACCUCCAAAAUAUUCUAUAGAUUUCAUAAUAGGUACUUGUACUAAAAAUUUAAAAAUAACUAUCUUAGGAUAAUGAGGACAGGUGCAGCCAUUAUUGUAGACGGGAAUUUAAUAUAUAUAUCUGUAAGCAACGAUUAACCAUUUCUAACGAAAAAACUAUUCUGAGCGGAGUUUGGUUAGCAGUGUUGCCUUGUUAAUAAAAUAUAUGUCUUUUUUUGAUAAAAUAAUUACAUAUGCAUCAAACAUUUUCUUUAAUAAUAAUAUUUUAAUAGUGUACCUAUUUCUCCGUUCUCUCGGUAUUCCCAUGUUUUUUUUCUGGUUUUUCCCAUUUAUUGGCAAACUCCUAAGAAGAUAAAAAAAUGACCUCUUUAAAGUACUUACCUCCAUAUUCAGAUAUACUUUUAGAAAAAGUGCUGUCAUUGAAAUUCGGAGCAAAAUUGCUAAUAGAAAACUUGACUACAGAAAAAAAUAAAAAUAAACAUCAUUGUAAAACCAUAAUCUUCUUCACCCCACUUAGAAUCUUAAAAUAAGCUUGUUUUACUUGUCUACGCAAGCAUUGUUAUUGCAUGUUGCUCGGUAGUUGGAGUGAGACAGUAAAUGCGGGUGCGAUGUCCUUUUAAAAAACUACGGAUUUUGACUCUUCAAAGCCGUACGACUACGCGCGAUAUUAGAAGCGACGUUGCCAAGUUUAUUAUUGUAAAUAUAACUAUAAACUGUAAAUAAAAAAUGUAUGUUUAGAAAAAAAUCUCAUAUGUAAAUAAAAUAAAAUAGUAAAUAAAACAACAAAGUAAAAUUUCUCCGCUGUUUGAUUGAUCGAAAUGUGAGCCCUCUGUAAACUAAUAAAUCUCCCCUGCUUUUCGAACUUGUAAAUUGAAUUUCAUUUUACAUUUUAUAAAAUAAAUAUAUUAUUUUUCACUAUAAAAAAAGCAUUGAAUGACACAACUGAAACACUAACACGGCUGUCAGUGGGAAUAUAUACUUGAGUUUAUACCAUGAGCGAUUAUAGUAUAUUCGUGCCUAUAUGAAAAUUUACAAUAAUUUUGAUCCAAUAUAAAUUUUGGGUACUAUUUGCAAUAAGUAAUAAACAAUCUGGAUAAUAUUACUGUAUAUAUAUAAAUAUAUAUGAUAAGGUUACAUGGAAAUAAAAAUUAUGUAGCACGCACAAUCGUACUCCUAAAAAGCUAUUGCCGAUACGGACCGCGCGCAUUAUUGUAGAUAUUCUAUCGGUAUUAAUGUAUAAUACUAUAAUAUAUAUAUAUACAAUCUAAAUAUAUACGUAUUGGUAACUUCCCAAUACUUCCACAUACAACAGUGACCAGUCCACCCUUAGUGCGAAGUGUGUCCUGCUUUUCGCCUUAAUAAUUAUUAUUAUCUUCCUACAUAACAUUUUAUGUUUUACAGGAGUCAAUGAUGAUGACCAGAUUUGCAACUGUUUUAUGGACAGUCUUCAUUUUAAUAUGGUUAUUUUUGGCAAUAUCCAAAUUAAUCUCAAACGAUAGGUAUGUAAUACAUAACAAUAUUAAUUUUAUUACGCAUAGGUGAUAGGCAGACUACUCGUGUGGAAUACUCCAAUGGGUUUAUUAAACACGAGUUGUGUCCACGGUGUUAUUCAAAUCGGAUCCGGGGUAAUAUUUUAUCAAUAAUGGUAUUAAUACCUACUAUUUUAAUGCAAGUUUCAGUGCGGUCAUUAUAUUCACGACGGUGCAGCUCACUCAACAGUUUUGUUUUAUUAGACACUAUACACGAAAUUAGAGUGAAAUUUACAUGUCAGUUCAGCGCUUAAAAAAAGUAAAAAAAAAAGGACAUAUUUCGCACGUGGGUGGAUUACUGUUGUAGGUGAUUUGUUCAUUUGUUUCAAUUACAUACACACAUUUUUUUUCCAAUUGGAUCAGGAAUAUUUGUUAAAAUAUUUUUAACGAUGAAUUAAUAAACCGAAUAGUUUCAUAAUUGGUGGAUUCAAGUUCUUUACAUGCAACUAAAUCAUAUUUAUAUGAUUUACUAGGCGUCCCAUCUAAUUUACCUCUAUCUAUUUAUCUAUUUUAUCUAAUUAAUAAAUAUGCAAUAGUCAAACCUAUACGAAAAUAAUAUAUUUUAUUAUAUGAGAAAUUAAAAACAUUAUUUAUACAAACCUCUUGGAUUGGUUGUUUCGUUAACAAUUAUGUAAACGUAAUUAUUUCUAAUAUCACUAAUUAGUUGUCCAUAACGCUUUUAUAAAUAUUUGGUAUGUAAUUUUUUAUCAAAGUGCUUUCAUCCGAAAUCGAUUUGCCAGUAUGUUGUUUCAAAAAUGAUUUUAACACAUGAUUGCCCAGUUUUUUAAGCAAAGGAAUAUUUGCAGCAACAAAUGCAUUAAUACAUAAAUCUUAAAAAAAUAAAUUUUUACUAUUCGAAUUUUAAGAAGUAAUCAAGAGCUGUUUUUUUUCUUUAUUCCUUUGUAAUGCAUUCACGUGAUAAAUUAAAAAAAUUUACAUGUAUUUUUGAAAUAAGAUGUGGUAUAUUACGUGGUGCAGUAUGAGCAUAAAAUACAAAACUUACUUGUUUUAGAAUGAUGAACUAAUAGGUAUUUUUUUAUACAAUAUAUAACCUUUCCAUCUAAUGAAAAUACUUGUUUAUUUUCAUUGUAAGGAGCAAUCCAAUUCGAAAUUUUACUUUUUAAAGUUGAUUUUAUUUUAGGCAUUACGUCGAAUACGUUCACUGUGCGGUCAAACUGACCAAAGAAAUAGGUACUAAGGUAUCAACAAGUAAACGCACACGAAUCGCUGUGCUAUUACGUUGAAUUUAAUUACCACCAUAUAUAUAUAGACAUUUUUCGCUCGUUGGGAUCUCCAAAGUUUUAAAAAAUUACAGAUGAACGAUAAACGCCUAUGAUUUAAAAAAAUGGGAAAAUUGCAAAAAAUUGCAUUAUAAAAUUAAAUAGGCGGAAUAUUUUUAGUAUAUAUCGAUUAUAUAUUUAAUCAGAUCUGAUUUAUCUUUAUUGAAAAAAAAGUGACAAUAUCAAUUAAAUCCAGUCUUUACUUAUAACAGUGGUUGCACCCGGAUUCCAUUAUCCUAGGACGUCUUUUUUGUUACUUCUUUCCUUUUAUUGGAAAAAUGCCGGGAAAAUAAAAAAAUGACCUCCCUAAAGUACCACUCCAAUAAAAUUGCAUCGUAUACGUUAGAGCAAGAUUUCUGGUAAAUUUUUUUACACAGUAUAAAACAAGAAAUAUAUAUCUUUGUAAAACCAAUGCAUCCUUCACUACUCUCAGAAUCUAAAAUGAGAACUGUUGUAUUUUUUGGGACGAGAAAACCCCUCACGAUAUUUUGUGGUGUAUCACAAUAUUUGAACCGCCCUCCCUCCUUGAUUGAGCUUCAGAUACUUCACUGUGCCAUUACCUUUAACUAUAUAAAUGCCUUUAAAGAAACUAGAAAUAAUUUGGAAAUUCUUAAUUACUUGAAAUAAUUAGUUUUUUUUUUUUUAUUUGUUAAAAUACCUAUGCUAAUUUUGUCUACGUUAUUUAGGACGUAUUGCAUAGCUAAUAAAUUGCGAUGUGCACCAACCAUGUGGUUUAUGGAAAACAAAAUUCCAGAAACCAAUGUAUCAGCCACCAAUGAAACAGCCACCACUGAAUCAGCCACCACUGAAUCAGCCAUCACUGGAUCAGCCGACUCUCAAUCACUCUCAAUUAUACCACUCACCGUUGAUCAAGCCGACCUUGAAUCAGACGCCUCUGAAUCAGCCACCCCUGAAUCAGCUACCCUGGAAUCAAAAGUUGUACUAUCAGAUAACGGAAAUCACGGUAAAUAA